UCCACGUGUUUGCUCCCUUUUGGCCCCCCUCUUUGACUGCCCGCUUGGACUUGGGUCAGCGGUCGGAGGUCGCACUGGAGUCUCGCCGCCCCGCAUAUCGCUCCAACACCCACCGCGUCAGCUUCGAUUCUCAGACUGCCGUCGGCCUCCGCUCCCUUCUCCUACUCCUGCCCACGGAGUCUUCGUUCACCGCGUUUCUACAGCCUUGAGUCAGCAGUCAGAGCUUCGAGUCUCACACUGUUGUCGGCCUCUGCUCUCUUCUCCUACUCCUGCCCACGAAGUCUUUGUUCGUUGCUUUUCCACAGCUCAUCAUGGCUCUGCGGGCAGCGAUACCGUACUAUAAGCAUUCCACGCCCAUCUCUUCCAGCUCUACACAUGGCUAACGGAAACACGACGACCUUCUGUUGUAACUCCCAUACCUGUCACAGACUCCCAAUAUGUCGGAUGACUGGGAAGAUUUCGGUGAUCUUCCUGGUCUCGCUAGCGUGCCCACCUCGUCAGAUGGCAACACCAAUAGGGCAAGCAAGGUGUAGACCGCCAGCAAGGGCACCAUUGUCGGCGUCAACACCCAGACUGACAGCACCGGUGUCGAGACGGGCCAGCUCACCCGCAACCACGACCUUCCUACUGCCGAUGCGCAUAUUCCCGAAAUCCUUCCAGCAUCCCGCAGCACUUCGGCUGCUCAGGCAUCGUCAACGUACCUUGUUAAUGUACUAGCUAUGAAUUUGUUUGUAUGUGGCAGUGUAGCCACCACCGCCCGACUCUGUAUCUAGUUUGAUUUAAGCCUCGGUAAUUGUCUGCUCCUCGACAGUAUAUACUAUGGACUUCAACCGCAAUCCGACUGGGAGAAACCAAUGGAAUCUCGGUCUCGAAAAAGAAUUCCAGAUCAUUCAGCUCUUGAAGUACUGGCAUGCGAAGGGCACCACAAAUUAUCAAGACUUGGCAGGUCUUCUCGAGAAGAAUCUGCAAGUUACAUUCUGUGCAAAGACUGUGCAGCGGCGGCUGAAGAAGCUUGAGCUCCGAGCUGCACGAGGGACUAUGGCUUCGAUUGACCAUAAGCUUGCCGAGCAGCUGGUCCUCGAGCAGAUGGAGAAGGAUCCUGCAAAACGAAUGGGCCCUGCAAGUCUGAAGGCGAAGAUAGCACUAGAGAAGGAGGGUUUGCACAUUUCACGCGAUUUCGUAUCUAUGGUCAUGCACAUUCACGACCCCGGAGCGUUUGCAGAACGUGAGCCGACCGCCAAGAAGAUUUUGCGUAGCCCACGCUUUCCCAUUGGCCCGAACCAGCGUUGGUCGUCCGAUGGACAUGACAAGAUGGCGAAGAUCGGGAUGCUCAUCUACGGUUUUGCUGAUGAAGCCACGCACAAGGUUCUGGAUACCCGUGUCGUGCCUAGUAACCGGGUCCAAGAGAUAGUAGCCUAUCUUUUUCUGUGUUUGGUGGAGUUCCACGAAGGAAUCCCUCUCCAAUUGACAACGGAUUGCGGGUCUGAAGUAACGUUGAUGUCCACUUACAUGCAUCAUCUGCGGAACGUUUUCCACCCCCACAUCGAUAUCCAAGAAGUUCCGGCCCAUGUCGAGCUCAAGAGCGUCCACAAUGUCACCAUCGAGAGCAGCUGGUAUCGCCUGCGACUCGACAUUGGGGACAACAUCAUCAUUCGCUUCCAGCAAGGCUACUACGAUGGAAUUUACAACCCUAAUGACCCAGACCACGUGGAACUUGCCCGUUGGCUAUGGUCUCGUGUCACGCAGAAGGAGGUGGAUGCUGCUGUGGAGUUGCGCAAUUCGACCCGGAUACGAAAGCAGAAGAACAAGAAUGGACCCUCGGGAAUCAGUCGCGACAUGGCGUAUACACUCUAUGAGAAGUGGGGGGGUAAAGAGUGCAAGCUCCCCGUGAAUGUUGAGUAUGUUCGCCUUCUCAAGGAGAGGCUUGGCGGUGAAGCCCUCCUGGCGUUCACGUCUGAGGAGUUUACGUUGCGAGCUCAAGACACCUACACUCAGCUUGGACUGGAAGACGUCACCAAGGAGAACGCAUGGAUAGUAUUUGGUCAGAUGUUGCCCUUGCUGUUCGCUCCGGCUUAG